CUCCCCCGAACCAUCAUUCGACAACCGACGCAAUCCCACGAUAACGUAUCUCUCUCUUACUUCGUCCGUCGAUUUGUAUCACCCGAUGAAGGCGAUGGGUUCCCCGGCCAUUUUACCUUUCUCCCCGACCUCUACGAUCACUACAAGCAUGGCCUGCUCGAAACAGCCACCCUCAGCGUCGCUCAAAUGGCGGCAUAUAACCAGUUUGGGGGCGAGGAACUUCGGACGCACUCGUUUAGGAAUUAUGGCCGAGCCAUUAGAAGCUUGCAAGAGAGCAUCCAGACUGAUAGUCAAGCCAUUGACGACAAAGUGAUUGCUACUAUUCUGUUGCUAUGCACCUUCAAGGCACGUGACAUCAGUGGAGAGGGCUUGGGUGAUCCAAAGGAACAUGCCCCAGGGCUUUUUUAUCUACUAGAGAAGCGAGGGCCAUGCCAGAUUGGCACCAGGAGGGGAGCUGAGCUUUUUCUUCUGGCUCAUCUACGGCUGGUAAGUAGACGCCAAAUCUACUCCUUUCUACACGAAGACGAUACGUACACCGACCCCGGUGCCAUAGCUACAGUCAUGGGGCUCUUUGAUCCUCUUCUCCGGGCAUUAUCCAUGAUGUCAAGAACCCUGUCACUCCGGCAUCGCCUCUCAAAACACAUGGACAGGGCUGAACCCGAAGACGAGCAACUCUUAUUGCAAGAGUGUUUUGACAUGCUCGACCAGUUUCACGUCUGGGAUCAGGAGGCUCCGUCGUACUGGCACAGCACCUUUGAAGGCCGAGCCGCGCCAACCGUGCUCGGAGAAAUGAGUUCAAGGAUGACGUACUGCGACUCUGAGACAGCUUGUAUCAUCAUCCUGAUUCGCUCUGCACUCCUCAUAUUACUAUUGACAAUGUUGGCAUAUCACAGUCAACUGCAGCUGGUCCAGGAGACAGAGGAUAACUCUCACCAUGACUUCUGGGCCGAAUGUAUCCCAAUCCUAGAAUCAGACGUGAGGAAAGCUAUUGAUGACAUGUUAACGAGUGUUCCGUUUGCAUUAGGCGACGUCGACUCAACUGGACGGCCUACCACCAUG